CUUGAAGCCUAUUGGCUGCCAUGAGGAGGACUUGAUCGAGGCCGUCGACAGACGAGAUGGGGCAGAGGAUGUGUGAUGAUAUACGUUUAUAUUAACAUAUAUAUGCUUCUCAAGUAUCAUUUGUCAUAUGUAUCUGCCUUCUUGUGUUUGCAACGAAAAAGCGGACUAACUUCCUGAAAAUAUCAAUGAAAAUACCCCGAAACCCAAUCUCCUCUACAUAGAAGCUGUGACUGUGUUACAAACAGUGAUGGAUUCCCCUGUAGAGGGAACCAUGCUGGAGCAGGAAGUGGUAGAAGAGCUGGGAAUCUCUAUGGAAGAGCUGCGCAAAUGGAUUGAUGAAGAAGUGGAAAAAUGCGAGUACUUCAAAGAAAAAAAAGCACAGUUAACAGAACUAGAAAACUGGGUUGUACAGAAGGAGGCAGAAGCGGCCUCUGUUGAGAAACUUUUUGGAGAUGCCUCACAGUCUGUUAUAGACUGUGAAUCUUUAAUUAAGGACCUCUAUAAGAAGAUGGGAUUAAGUUAUAGGGAGAGCAGCUCUGAAGACGAGAGUCCAGCAGUAAAAAUGAAACCUUCAGAAAUAAUUGAGAUUGAUGACGACGAUGAUGACGACGAUGAUGUUGGUGCAGUCGAGUGUGUCACACCUGCUACUAAACCACCUCCGACAACCACAGCAAAAAUUGCUACAAAGGAUUCAUCACUGUUUAAAGAUACCGUGGCUGCUUUAAAAAAAUCUGCCCAGGAUGUGCAAAAACUUGUUGAUGCUACUACCAAAAAAACCCCAGAACCUCCUUCUACCUCCCUGCUGAGGGGAACAACAACAAACAGAGGUGGCUUAACAACUGUGACUCCCUCAACUCCAACAACAGUUGUAGUGUCUCGUGGACCUCCAAUGCAACAGCCAGAUAAGAACUCUAACCCAGAAGGAGAGUUGGUACUCGGCAUGAGAAUUUUGGGCAAGAAGAGAACAAAGACAUGGCAUAAAGGAACACUAAUUGCCAUCAAUCCUGUCAGUACUGGAAGCUUCAAAUAUAAAGUGAAAUUUGACAACAAGGGAAAAAGUUUGCUUUCUGGAAAUCACGUGGCUUUUGAUUACCACCCUACAUUGGACAAGCUGCAUGUAGGUGCCCGUGUUGUGGCCAAGUAUAAAGAUGGGAACCAAGUAUGGCUGUAUGCUGGUGUUGUUGCUGAAAUGCCCAACAGCAAGAACAGAAUGAGGUUUCUUAUUUUUUUUGAUGAUGGAUAUGCUUCAUAUGUUAGUCUUCCGGAACUAUACCCUAUCUGCAGACCAUUGAAGAAGACUUGGGAAGACAUUGAAGAUGCCUCCUGUCGUGACUUUAUUGAGGAAUACAUUACUGCUUAUCCUAACCGUCCAAUGGUGCUCCUGAAAGCUGGCCAGUUAAUCAAGACAGAGUGGGAAGGUACCUGGUGGAAAUCCCGUGUGGAAGAAGUUGAUGGCAGCCUAGUGAAAAUCCUCUUCCUGGAUGAUAAGAGGUGUGAGUGGAUCUAUCGUGGUUCUACACGUCUAGAACCCAUGUUCAACCUGAAGAUGAACACGGCUAACUUUCAGGAGAAGAAACAAGCAGGACUGCAACGUACAAGACCUAAUAUGGGUGCCGUAAGGGCUAAAGGUCCUGUUGUGCAGUAUACCAAGAACCAAGCAGUACCACUACCAGCACCCUGGCAAAACCAACGUCUACAUCAACUCAAGCACAAGGGUCAGCAGCUUAGCCCUGACAGUCAGGUGUCAUCACAGAGCCGGAACAAGCAGCAGGUAGCAAAGAAAAGUACCUCCUCCAUUCCUCAACGGACAUCCCCCUUCAUCAUCAACAACUGUACCUGUAGAAAAUCAAACAGUUACUCGGACACUUAUUCCAACUUCGCAUCCUAUUUUCUAGUUCCACUUGUAAAGAUGUAUUUCUUAUUGCAAACAACAGGUCCCAUUCAACAGGCUAUACCCCUGCAGCAGCCAUUACAACAGCCUGCACAGCAUCUUCAAAAUCCUCAGUCAACAGUAGUACAGCAGCAGUCCCAGAUAACAGUCCAAUCAACAUCUCAAGUUUACCAUUCCAUGAGUGAUCGUAUUCCUUUAGAACCAUCUUACCAGGCCCCUACAGAGAAGCUGUUCUAUGUACCACACCAGUGCAGCCUAGCCUGUCUUGACCGCCUACGACCCCGAAAGCUGGACCAAUACAGAAGCCGGAACCCACUACUUAUUCCAUUGUUGUAUGACUUCCGACGUAUGACAGGACGCCGACGAGUCAACCGCAAAAUGUCAUUCCAUGUUAUCUACAAAGCACCUUGUGGGCUGAGCCUUCGCAGCAUGCUUGAGAUUGAACGUUAUAUAUUUGAGACCCGAUGUGAUUUUGUUUACUUGGAGAUGUUCUGCUUAGAUCCUUAUGUUUUGGUGGAUCGACGCUUUCAACCUCAAAAGCCAUUUUAUUUCAUACGGGAUAUUACAUAUGGAAAAGAAGAUGUCCCUCUUUCUUGUGUUAAUGAAAUAGACAUGACACCACCUCCCAGUGUUGCCUACAGUAAAGAACGUAUACCUGGUAAGGGAGUUUACAUAAACACCAAUGCAGAUUUUUUGGUGGGAUGUGACUGCACUGAUGGAUGCAGAGAUAGGUCUAAGUGUGCUUGCCACCAACUGACUUUACUGGCAACAGCAUGUACACCAGGAGGACAGAUAAAUGCACAUGCUGGAUACCAAAAUAAAAGACUUGAAGAGUGUCUUCCUACCGGGGUAUAUGAAUGCAAUAAACGCUGCAAGUGUAACCAUCAGAUGUGUACCAACCGCCUGGUACAACAUGGUUUGCAAGUGAGACUUCAGCUUUUUAAGACACAGAAUAAGGGGUGGGGUAUUCGUUGUUUGGACGAUAUUGCCAAAGGUUCCUUUGUCUGCAUUUAUGCAGGUAAAAUAUUAACAGAUGAUUUUGCAGACAAGGAAGGCUUGGAAAUGGGUGAUGAAUAUUUUGCCAAUCUUGACUACAUUGAGAGUGUAGAGAAUUUCAAAGAGGGAUAUGAAAGUGAUGCCAAGUGUUCCUCUGAUGGCAGUGGUGUAGACAUUAAAGGUGGAAGCAAUGCAGGUGAUGGGGGUGCAGAUGAUGGAGAUGGACAAGGUGAAGAAAAUAGCAGCUCAGAGGAAAAUGAAGAAGAAGAUUCGAAUGAAGAUGAUGAUGAUGAUAGUUCAGAUGACAAUUUUUGUAAAGACGAGUACCUUAGUGCCAGUUCAGUUUGGCGCAGUUAUGCUACACGAAGGCAGACUCGUGGAAUGAAGGAAGGGGGUGGUGCUUCCCAAGAUAACAAAGAGAGUCUGUCAAGGCAGACUAGUCAAGAUGACAGCAAGCCACCUAUAUCAGAAGAGACUGGAAAGAAUAAGGUGGCAUCCUGGCUGAGCUCAAACAGCAUUGAUUGUUCUUCUGUUGAUUCUGAUAGUCGUUCUUCGUUUAAAAUGGGAGACACAAAGAAAGAGCUAGGAGCAGAAAAAACUUCCUCUUUGUCAUCUUCCAAAAUCAAGCAAGAAGGCUCUGAAAUCGAUGUUAAGCAGUUCAAAAAGGAACUUAAGAUAGAUAAGGAUUCUGAUGAACAGAAGACCACAUUGGUGUAUGAAAGUCCCCGAGCCUCCACAAAGGUCGAGGGUGUUCGCCGCCCACUCACAAAGCCAAACUUUUUUCAAAACCGCAGGAACUCUGGAGCACAGCAAAGCACCGAUGAUGUAAUGACACUUUCUAGCUCUGAUAGCGAAGGAGGAAGGAAAAGAAGAAGCAGUGCAGCUCAAAACACAGGCAAUGAUAGUGAUGAUAUCCAGACGAUAUCGUCUGGGUCUGAAGAGGAGGACAAAAAGGAGAACAAUGGAGUAGCCGAUAGUACAGGGCCUGUUAAGCGUCAGGUAGCUGUGAAAUCAACCCGUGGCUUUGCUCUCAAGUCCACACAUGGGAUUGCAAUCAAAACAAGCAAUAUGGUUUCUUCAGACAAAGGAGAUGGAGCUACUGCAUGGAAAAAUACAAGGCAGUUUUAUGACGGCGAAGAAUCCUGCUACAUCAUCGAUGCCAAACUUGAAGGCAAUCUUGGCCGCUACCUCAAUCAUAGCUGCAGCCCCAAUCUUUUUGUCCAGAAUGUCUUUGUGGACACUCAUGAUCUGAGGUUUCCUUGGGUUGCAUUCUUUGCUAGCAAGAGGAUCCGUGCUGGUACUGAGUUAACCUGGGACUAUAACUACGAGGUGGGUAGCGUGGAGGGGAAGGAGCUGCUGUGCUGCUGUGGCUCCACUGAGUGCCGGGGACGUCUUCUGUGAGCACCUCCUCUCCCUCUGUGGCCUCGCUCUGCGCACAGUCCAGCACCCAGCUGGCAUUCUCAAAAACUGUGACAGGGAUGCAUGUGUUGGUUCAAGCAUCCUCCCCUUCAAAAUUAAUCUUCUCCCACGUGUAAGCAACUGCAUCAAGCUUGACAGUAUGUUUUGCUUACUCGGGGUUUUAUUUUUUAUACAAUUAAAAUGUCUCUCUAUAUAUAAAUGUGUACACCAUUACAAGUGUCAUCUCUGUGGUCGUUGUAAGGUGUACAUUUCUGUGUUACGAAGGUGGCUGCUCACACAUUUCUUCCUCUUAGUAGUGUUUUGUCUUUCACUAGAAGACCAUUAUUCUUUGUUAAAAUAAAAGAGAAUUUUGAUACCAUUCAUUUUUUUGAAAUUCCACGCAAGCAACUAAUUGUAUUACACCUGGAUCAGCCAGGAUCAUAAAUGAGGAGGUUUAAUUUUUAAUGGACAACUCAAAAAUACAAAGUUAUCAUCAAUGGUUGAUUUCUUCUCCCGUCUCAUGCGAGGUUUGGCCAGCUGUCAGAUGUGCUACUGAGCGUCCUGUCAAUAUUUACUAUGGGUGUCCUAAACACACACACAGGGGCAAAGAGGGGACACACCUCUACUUAACAAUAAAAAGGCCCAGUGGUGGUGUGCAGAAGACCUUCUGGAUAGUGGCUAGCUUUGCAGAUGCAAACUGUCUGAAAUAACUUUAUAGAACAAAUGGGGGUCUCUGCCGGCCUUUCAUAGCCCUUUGUCUUUUUAUUUGGCUCAACAGUGACA